GCGACUCCAUCAAACACAACACAAAGACACGAGAACAAAAGCCCGAGCUCGCUGCAGUAGCAGAAGCGUCUCGCUUUCCCCUUUGCUGCUGCUGCUGCUGCUGCGCCGCCGCCUCCGCCGCCGCCGCCGCCGAUUCCGCUCCCCUCCCUUCCCCUCCGAGCUCAGCAAUGGCAAAUUCAUCAUCUGGAGUUGCAAUUCAUGAUGAUUGCAAGCUGAAGUUCAAUGAGCUACAGUCCAAAAGGAUGCACCGCUUCAUAACUUUCAUGAUGGAUAACAAGGGGAAAGAGAUCAUUGUGGACAAGAUUGGGGAUCGCACAACAAGCUAUGAGGAUUUCACUAGCAGCCUGCCUGAAGGGGACUGCCGGUUUGCAAUCUAUGACUUUGACUUCCUUACUGCAGAGGAUGUGCCAAAGAGCAGGAUAUUCUAUAUCUUAUGGUCCCCAGACAAUGCAAAAGUGAGGAGCAAGAUGCUUUAUGCUAGCUCCAACGAAAGAUUCAAGAAGGAGCUGAAUGGCAUUCAGUUGGAAGUGCAGGCUACUGACGCCGGCGAAAUCAGUCUCGAUGCGCUCAAAGAUCGUGUGAAAUAAGCAUUGCCAUGCCUUUCAUGAUCUUGCAAUAUGGACUUGUCUAUUAUGGAUUUGUGUGUCACUAUAAAUUUGGUAGUGUGAGACUGCUUGAUGGUUUGUGGGUUUGUUCAUGGAACCAUGGAGAUAUGGCUCUAUCCUGUAUUUCGUUGUUGCGCUCAGAAUGUAUGGGCCUGUGAUGCACUGUUCCAAGUUUAAUUGAGAUGUGUCAAUGUUCAAGUUACAGAAUAAAUUGCUGAUAUGUUCUCAGUUCUCAUGGACA